GCACACACCCAGACGGGAACGCAGCCCAGACAGUGCGGGGAGCUGGGAGCACGGGAGGCGGUGGCAUUGUGCGCCCGCCCCAAUCCCGUCCCGCCCCGCCCCGGCGGAGACAGGCGGCCCUUCCCGCGGCAGAGCUGCAGCCUUUCCGCGACAUGGACAGCCGCGGUCUCCUGGGGCUCCUCCUCGCCGUCGCCGCGCUGCUGGGUGCAGGGCAUGGGGACGGCUCAGAAGACUUCAACCUAGAAGAUGCCCUCCUUGACGUUGUCACCAAGAGACCCACUCCCAAAGGCCCCAGGAAGCCGGCAAGUGGGACAGGCUUUGAUUUGGCUGAUUACUUUGACACCUUUCCGGAGACUACCACCAAACCACCCAAGCCAGCUCCGAAGCCCUUCCCCAGGCCAGGGAAGCCAGACAACAGCUUUUGGGAUGUCAUCCACACCACCACAACCAAGCAGCCAAAAACUACAAGGGCUCCCCCCAAGCACUCAGGAAAGAAUCCUAUGGAUUUUGACUUGGCUGAUGCCCUUGAUGAUAAAAACGAUAGGAAAGAUCCCGGGAGAUCGAAUGUAAACCCAGGUGAAGCAUUUUCAGACAGUGACCUGGAGGAUGUCGUGGCCGGUGGCUACAGCCCGGACAAGAAGAAGGGUGAUGGGGGUAGCACUAACGGCGACUACGGAGGCACAGCAGUGGAGACAGGAACAAUCGCCGGUAUUGCCAGCGGCCUGGCCAUGGCUCUCAUCGGGGCUGUCUCCAGCUACAUCUCCUACCAGCAGAAGAAGUUCUGCUUCAGCAUCCAGCAGGGACUUAAUGCGGAGUAUGUGAAAGGAGAAAACAUGGAAGCUGUUGUAAGCGAGGAACCCCAAGUUAAAUAUUCAGUACUGCAAACACAGUCAGCAGAACCACCAAAACAAGACAGUGCGAAGAUUUAAAAGCGUGACUUGGGGCUAGAAAGGAAUCAGUCAGCAGCAAACGGAGAUCUUACAUGCUUGUAAUUUAGCUUAUUAUUUAAUUUGACUCCAAAGCUAUUUAAUGUGUACUUAGGCUUGAACUGGCUUCUUACUGCUCUAGGCUUUAGGGUUAGAGUGGUAGCAUUUGUGUACUUUUUUGUAAAGAGGUUUUAUGUUUACAGCAAAGUCAUAGUGUAGGUUUCAUGUCCAGUUGUAUGCAAACCAAACAGAUGGUGCUUCAGUAGUGGUCAGUUUUAAUUAAGGGACAAGGUCUUUUUUGAGGAGUUGAAGAGCUUACAGGAUUGAGGACAGUGAAGUGCCUGUACAUAGCAAUCCAAAGCAAACCAUACAAAGACUUGUGCCCCCCACCCAGAAGGAAAUGAUCAGCAACCUACUGUGCCUCUUAGAUGUGCACAAGUCUAUGGGACUAGAUGGGAUCCACCCGAGGUUAACUUAAGGAGCUGGCAGAUGUGCUCACCAAGCCACUCACCAAUAUCUGUCAACAGUCCUGGCUAAGUGGGCAGGUUCCAGUUGACCGGAGGCUAGGUAAUGUGACAUCCAUCUACGAGAAGGGCCAAAAGGAUGAUCCAGGGAACUACAGACCUGCCACUCUGACCAUGGUGCCAGGAAAUGUCGUGGAGCAGUUCAUCGUGAGUGCCGUCACACAGCACUGACACCACAGCCAGGCAAUCAGACCCAGUCAGCACGGGUUUAUGGAAGGCAGGUCCUGCCUGAUCUGAUCUCGCUCUACAGCACGGAGAUGCACCUACUGGAUGCGGGAAGUGCCACGGACAUUGUCUACCUGGACUUAAGUAAAACCUUUGACUGUCUACCUGCGUUGGCCCUGAAACUAAAACUGUGUGCUUGGAUGUUUUCAAGGGCAGGUGCAGAUCUCAUUCUCACUAGAACAAAUAACAGAUUGAAUGAGCAAGAAAAUAAAGUAGGUGUCUGUUACAACCUGUAACGUUCACCUCCACAAGAGAGGUCAAGCUUAGCAAGAUGCACUCUGACAUCUGAGGCAGCAAAAGGAUACAAAGCUUCAGCCUUUGUGUCACUUGCUAACCUCUGAAAGAGGCAAAAUCUCCUGACAGAAUGCUCCAUUGCUGUCCUGCAACCUUCUGGGAAGCACUGACACCACCACCUAGAUCCCUGUGAGCAAGAACUCACACAAGCCUCCUCAGUGCUGCAGAACCAGUAGUAUCAAGACCUGACCUUCAUUGCCUUGCAAGAAUUUGUGUUUAUGUUUUUAAUUCCUCCCCAACCCUUUUUUAUCACUGCUCAAUUCUGACACUGCCACUUUCUGCUACAUUUACCCUAAUCAAUAAUUGCCUGAAAAGCAUGCUCUUCAGUGAAGGAAAAUUCACUUCCUAAGGUGUAAAAGGUACUCACUGUUUAUAUAUAAACCUGAAAUGUUUGCAUUUUUGUACUGUUUUGCAAAUCCCACAUUGUGUGAGUGUAUAUAUAUUUAAAAGAAAUGCUUUUCAGUUUGAAGUACAAAUUCACACUUUUCAGGUAGACACAACUUACAGAAGGCCUGGCCAGGAGGUGAAUCAGCCUAGGAGCAUCACUGCCUAAUAGCUCCAUUUGAAAGGAAAUUGCCUAGUAGCAUGGUUAAGUAUUUUGCAAUAGCUGCACAAUUCUUUCUGCUCUUUCUAACACUUGCAUUUUUAAAGCCUUACACUAGCUCUGGCAGAACAGCCACGGAGUUGCAAGGGAGAUGAGUUCUAGGGAUAAAUAGUGCCUCACCUAUUCAGAACACAACAAUACUGCUAUAAACUACUGCUGCUUUGCUCUAUGAAUGUGCUGGGAUUAGAAAACAAACAAAAAAGAAGUAGUUAUCGGUGAAGAUAGAGCUGGGAUGCACUUUUUGUUUGCUUACUUCCAGAGAAGGGUUUUCAUGGGGGAGGGACUCGGCUCACCUGCGGAGGGUUAGCUCUUAAACUGCUACAAUAAUCACGUGCAGGAAUAUAGGUGCCUCUGCCAUACAGCGGAGUUUGGCAUCUCCAUUACCAAGUACCAUCUCCUGGUUUUCUUUCUUAGCCAAAUACAUUUGAGAGCUGUAGCAUAAAAAACGUUUUGAGAAGGUUAGUGUAGGUGUUACACCAUUACUAGGAGCCAUUUUCCUGGCUUAGAGCGAGCAAACUCCAUUUCUCCUUUUGCCAGUGAUGGUGUUUUGUGCAGAUGCAGGUCGCUGAGUUUACUGCAUUCACUGUGCCCUCCCUGUUUGCUUAGUGGGCAGUGCAGUGGGGUGUUUACAGCACCUACUCCUCCUCUGGGAAACUCUUACACAGGAACAGAGGAGAAACAGAUGGAAUUCACCAAAAACAAACAAGCCCAAAGCAACCCACAACCCCCAAACCAGAUUUCACUUAUUCUUUAGAAGCUAGAAGUCCUCCUUUCCCCAGGGCCUUUUCUAUGACUUUGGUGAACAUUUAAUGCCUCAGUGUUAAUUUCUAUGUAUGAGGACAGCCAAAAAUGCCCAGUGAAAGGGAGUACUUCUUCCAAGGUGUACAGUACCAGAAUUCAAGAUCUCUUUCUCUAGGAUUUCAAAUAGGCAAAUAUGAACAAAUACUUCACUUGAAGAAAUGAAACCACCUGGGUCUUCUCUUCAGAACUGGACAAAAGUUUUAACAUCUAAAUGUCAGUGCAGGUUUAAACUGAUUGCAGUUUGUUGCAGUUUGUCUCCUUCUUCAUCUGAAUUGUCAGAGCAGUCUCCAAGAAAUAGAGUUCCUACCGUCUAAUGUACCUUAGGCAUUACAGCAAGGGAGAAGACUCCUCUGUAUUUUCCUAGUAGUGACCCAAGCUCUGAAACACCUGACCUAGAACUAACCUUUCCCUCUAAUUUAAUUAGUAACUCUUCUCUUUCAGUUGGGAUAUGGAAUUUUAAAUCCUGCAUUUAGGUUUUGUACACCUGGUGUGAACUUCCUCGUCCUUUGUAAGCAAAGGCCACGAAAGACUGGAAAACUGGGAUGAUUUGAGUCCAAAAAUAACGUAUCUACAUGCAGCUCUCCUGAGAGCUUAGGUGCUACCUGUGCUGCGAGCUCUUUUUACUAUCACGUCUCCCUUCAACUUAACUAAAGCUGGUUUUAAUAAAACUAUUCCCUAAAGGUUUCUCAAUUACAGAGAGAGCAAAGAAUUGGAAGGAUUUAACUAGCUCAUUUCCUGUUGGUGAUUCUGUCUAUUCCUUGCGUUUUCCUUUGGCACUACUGUAGCAGUUUCUCUGAGUUUUGGCAAUACCAUAGCUGUUUCUUCCUUUCAGGUUCUUCAGUUGAGAAUACUGGCAUGAAUUUCAGAUUUUUUUUGGCACUACAGACUCAAGUCCUUUUCAUGCAACCCCACUAAUGAACUCUUACAAGUGCUGCAUUGUUGUUCUUUACUCAUUUGUUGUGGCAGAAGUGGAAUUAGGUCAUAAUACCAUUUCAAAUUCCAAAGAAGUAAGGUGAGCCGACAGGUUAAGGCUUUUAAAAUCUGCUUCUGCAACAAAGGAGGUUCAGGAACAUACAAAGUUCAGAAAAAAAGGUGUGAAAUUAGAGAAUCUUUGUCAUUUUACUUACAAGCAAGGCCUACUGUUUGUUGAUGCAGAAGUGAUCUACAUCAAAUGAAAGUUCGGCGUUGCGCUGUAAGAAAGUAAUUUUGCUAAAUGUAUGUAAGGGUCAUGGGGUGAAAGUCAGAAUUUGACUACCAAUGGAAAAUGCCAAAUAAAACAAGUUGGUUACUAAGACA